AUGCGUUCGACGGGCGUUUUUCUGCUGACUGAAUUUUUUUGCCUUUGCAUUUGCAUAUGAAAAUUUUACUAGUUUCGACGAAAAAACUAACGAAGUGCGUGAAAUAGCCAAGCCAGAGUGAAAGUGCUACGUUUAACUGUACUGAAAAUUGCAUUGCACGAGGCAGGAAAUCCACGUUGAUCGUCGUUUUUUUUUGUACGCAACAACACGGAAUAUUGUGUUUGGUAUUUUCUUUAUAUUCUAACCGUAUGCGAGAGUGUGUGUGUGGUCGCAUAAAUUUACCGAUAUUUCGCCUGGCCUCGCUCUCUGACAAAUCGGACGGAGCAGGCAGCGACAAACGAGCGACGCGCAGCUUGUGAAAAGUCAAAAAGAGAAAAAUAUAACUAUCGGGACAUUAGGUUAUAAAAGUAGCAUAAAAAGGUUUAGCUCGGAAGAUAUUAGCAGCCCGGGAAGAAACGCAAGAAGAACAAUAACCCCACCACUACAACUACAACGACAACAAGGUGAAGGCAAAACCAGGACAAGCAGCGCGCAAAAACGCACAAAAGAAUUAACGAAAAAUACCGAAAGGCAGACAAGAAGUUGCAAUUUUUCAACAGUGGAGUCCAUACAAACAGCAGCCAUGAGCAAACCAAACUUCGAGCUUCCGUUGACCAUUGAUCCGGAGCAUGAGUUGCGUUUUGUGGGUCCCUUCAAUCGGUCCGUCGUCACAAUCAUGACCCUAAGCAAUAACGCGGCUUUGCCACUGGUCUUCAAGAUCAAGACAACAGCACCAAAGCGCUACUGUGUACGUCCAAACAUUGGCAAGAUCCUGCCUCUUCGCUCGACCCAGGUGGAGAUCUGCCUGCAGCCCUUCAUGUACGAUCAGCAGGAGAAAAACAAGCACAAGUUCAUGGUGCAAAGCGUCCUCGCCCCGAUGGAUGCUGACCUGACCGAUUUGAAUAAAUUGUGGAAGGAGCUGGAGCCGCAGCAGCUGAUGGAUGCCAAGCUGAAAUGCGUAUUCGAGAUGCCCAGUACCGAGGCAAAUGCAGAGAACACUAGCGGCGGAGCCGUGGGCGGUGGAGCCGGCAGCGCCGGCGGUGGCAAUGCGGGUACCAAUGUCAGUUCCGUCAUCGCCGAGGGCAUUAAGUCAGAGACGAAGUUGUCUAGCAAUGAGAAGGCCUCAAAUUCGCCCGAUGCCACUGAGCAUGUGGACUCGUCCGAAAAGAUGAAGGCGCUGAUGGAUACCAACAGUGAACUACGAAAAGAGAAUCUAUACUUGAAGGAUCAAAUCACACGCUACCGGAGCUCAGCGAACCUCAAGCAACAGAACGAGCCCUAUGCCCCAGUGCUGGCUGAGAAACAGAUUCCGGUCUUUUAUAUUGCAAUUGCCAUUGCUGCGGCCAUCCUGGGCCUCUUACUGGGCAAAUUCUUGCUCUGAAUGCCAUAAAUUAUCCAACAUGCAGCAGAAUCACUAACAACUACAGAACUACAGAAAACAAAACACAAAACAAAAACAAAACACGAAAGAGAACAGCAGCACCAUCAAACCGCAACAAGACGCAAUAGCAGCAAUAACAACGAACGUACGCAGAAGCGACAGCAAACAGCAGAAGCAAACGGAAUAGGCGAUACAACAACCAUCAGCAGGAGAAGCAGCAGAAGAGGAAGCAAAGGAAACUCUUGAGGAGAGAGAAGAGAAAGGAGCUGCGCUCGAACAGAAAGUAAAUAAGCUUCGCAGAUGAAGCUAUUAAUUCUUAAAAUGAUU